GCGUUGAUUUUCCUCUCGCCCGAGCGGAGCGUCGAGCUAAAAUUUACAUCGAUGAUGGAGAGUAAAAAGAGUUGGUUGCAAGCGUACAUUCCUCAGAAACCAUCCGAUUAUGUAGCAUUCUUAUUCAUGAUUGUUAUGCUUUGGGUAAUUGCACUCUUUGAACUAUUUGUUGUCCUACCGCUUUACCACGAACCCUUCUCGUCAUGGUGGUGUUUACACGUGUUUUGCGGUUUUUUCUUGUGGUUGAAUGUGUUCGCCAACUUUUUCUUUCUGAUCACAACGGAUACAACAGGAAAGAAUCUGGGAAUGCCGUCCGUAUUGAAGCCCGGCUGGACUUAUUGUCCAUUCUGUCAACUGAACGCACCUCCAAGAGCCCAUCAUUGCCAAGUCUGCAACGAAUGUGUUUUGAAGCGAGAUCACCACUGUAUUUUUGCCGGAAAGUGUGUCGGCUUCAGGAACUAUCGCUAUUACAUGUUUCUAGCGUUGUACCUUUGGUUAGGAGCUUUUUAUGCCAAUGCUUUUCAUCACGAAUAUGUGACGUCGGAAAUCGGCAGUUUCAGCGUUGCAACAGUACUCACCAUGGUCACUCCAAUCUUGAUGUGGAUGUUAGGAUACACGACUCUUUACGGAUUUUUCAUUUCCUUCAUGACGGGGCUUUCCAUCUUUGCGUUCAUUCUCUUUAGUGGCAUGCUGUUCUUUCAGAUUAGAAUCAUUUCUCGCGGUCAGACUUCGUAUGAGAGAAAGAAGAAAAAGAAAGAAUAUGACCUCGGCUGGAAGCAAAAUUUCUUGGACGUUUUUGGAGAGAAAUGGUAUUUAGCUUGGAUCUGGCCCACUGUAAGUUCACCUUUGCCAGGAGAUGGGACAAAUUACAAGAAAACGUAUCUUCAAGAAAGCAAGGACCUCUGAGAGUCAUGCAACUCUAAAGCAACAUUUUAAUGUCCCAAAUUGUACCUGGUAAUAUUUGAAACAAAAUUAAGGAGUUAAUGCAUCUAACAUGUCUUGGAUUUUAUCAUUCAGCACCCCCUUUGGUGUAAAGCCUGGUUUUCACUAGAUUUGCAAUUAUAAGAGCAAGCAUAGUCUUAAUAGACA